AUGCCCUUUAAACGCCCUAUUCGCAUUGGAAAUGUCUCCGGCGCAACGGGCGACAGCCCGCAUGCCAUGAAGCGGAUGGCACAAGAUGCCACCGUCGAUGUAAUUGUUGGUGAUUGGUUAUCGGAGAUGAACAUCGCCUGGAAUGCCAUCGCAAAAGACAAUGACCCGUCACAGGGCUACGAACCGGGUUUCCUGAAGCAACUGACUGAAUCGAUCGAUCUGAUUACCGAGAAAGGGAUCAAGGUCGUCACCAAUGCCGGGGCGUUGAAUACGCGGGCACUGGCAGUAAAGGUCCAGGAGAUGUGCCAUUCCCGGGGUCACAAGGACGUGGUGAUCGCUAUGGCUUUGGGCGACGAUAUUUCGCACAUCGUGACUGAUCCCGAGAAGCGCAAGUCGCUGCUGCAUCUGGAUCACUCUGAGUGGGCUCUCAAGGAUUGGCAUUUGGAACCAUACUGUGGAGUGGCUUAUAUAGGGGCUUGGGGCAUUGUGGAAGCGCUCAAUGCUGGAGCGGAUAUUGUUAUCUGUGGUCGAGUGACGGAUGCUUCUCCGGUCAUAGGAGCAGCAGCUUGGUGGUAUCAGUGGGCUAAGAACGAUUGGGAUCGACUUGCCGGUUCUUUGGUUGCCGGACAUCUCAUUGAGUGUGGAGCCUAUGUGACAGGGGCUAAUUUCUCUGGGUUCAAGUCUCUCCCCUCACCAUUGGUCGACCUUGCAUUUCCCAUAGCAGAGAUCAGCGAAGAUGGAACCUGCAUCAUUACGAAGCAUGAGUCCCAUAUGGGACGCGUGACGAAGCACAACACCAUCGCUCAGUUCCUAUACGAGCUUCAGGGCGAAGAGUACCUGAAUCCGGACGUGGUUGCUAAUAUGCAUGAGGUAAGCAUUGAGGAGAUCACCCAGGAUAGGGUGCAGGUGCAGGGAAUAACCGGGUCACCUCCCCCGGCCACGACCAAAGCAAUGAUUGCCGCCAAGGGUGGAUAUCAAGCUGAGACUACAUUCUAUAUCAACGGACUAGAUGUUAUGGAGAAGGCAGAUAUGAUGCGCAACCAACUUCAGUAUAUAUUCCGGGACCAUCGCUUCACAAAGCUCUCCAUCGAGCUGUAUGGAUCGGCUGCUUUGAAUCCUAUCAGCCAGCAGGCCGGGACGGUUUUCCUACGUGUUUUUGCCCAGGCAACAAGCGAGGAGGAUAUCUGCGCUGAAAAGUUCAAGAUCCCAGUCUACGCCUUGAGAAUGCAGAGUUACCCGGGAUAUCAUAUGGACCUGGAUUUUCGGACCAUGGAUCCGAAACCAUACAUGGAGAUCUUCCCUGUCGUGAUUCCUAUGACCGCAUUAGACCAGCAAAUACAUAUUUUAGGAUCCAAAAUCACCAGUAAGAUUGAUAUUGGCCCACCUGUUAUCACCGCAGAGUAUCCCGUCAUACGGCGUUCGUACGAAACAGCGAAUCCGGUCAAUCUCGCCGAUUUUGGACCGACAAAAUUGGUCCCAUUAGGCACUAUCGUCCACGCACGGUCCGGCGACAAGGCAGAUAACUCCAACAUCGGCUUUUUUGUCCGCCAUAAUGACGAAUACCCCUGGCUGAAGUCAUUUUUGACCGUGCCUCAGCUCAAGACGCUGUUCGGGGAUGACUGGACCAAGGGGGAAAACCACGCCGAGAGACGGGUGGAAAGAUGCGAGUUCCCAAAUAUCCUAGCUGUCCAUUUCCGAGUUUUGGAUUUCUUAGAUGGAGGCAUUGCAAGCUCAAGCAGAAUUGACGGUUUAGGAAAGGGGAUUGGGGAGUAUCUUAGAAGUAGAUUGGUUCCCAUUCCGAGUAAAUUUCUGGAGAGAGGACAUAUAUAG